CCCGGGGACCGCGCUCGCCGUCGGCCCGACGCCGCCAUGAGCGCCGCGCUCUUCAGCCUGGACGGCCCGGCGCGCGGCGCGCCCUGGACUGCGGAGCCCGCCGCCUUCUACGAGCCCGGCCGCGCAGGGAAGCUGGGUCGCGGAGCCGAGCCGGCCGCGCCCGCCAUGUACGACGACGAGAGCGCUAUCGACUUCAGCGCCUACAUCGACUCCAUGGCCGCCGUGCCCACCCUGGAGCUGUGCCACGAUGAGCUCUUCGCCGACCUCUUCAACAGCAACCACAAGGCGGGCGCCCUGGAGCUGCUGCCCGGGGGCCCCGCGCGCCCCGCGGGCCCCGGCCCCGCGCCGCGACCGCUCAAGCGCGAGCCCGACUGGGGCGACGGCGACGCGCCCGGCUCGCUGCUGCCCGCGCAGGUGGCCGCGUGCGCCCAGACGGUGGUGAGCCUGGCGGCCGCCGCGCAGCCCACUCCGCCCGCGUCGCCCGAGCCGCCGCGCCGCAGCCCCGCGCCCCCAGCUCCUGGGGCGGCGCGCGACAAGGCAGCGGGCAAGCGGGGCCCGGACCGCGGCAGCCCCGAGUACCGGCAGCGGCGGGAGCGCAACAACAUCGCCGUGCGCAAGAGCCGCGACAAGGCUAAGCGGCGCAACCAGGAGAUGCAGCAGAAGCUGGUGGAGCUUUCGGCCGAGAACGAGAAGCUACAGCAGCGCGUGGAGCAGCUCACGCGGGACCUGGCCGGUCUGCGGCGCUUCUUCAAGCAGCUGCCCGGCGCGCCCUUUUUGCCCGGCGCGGGGGCGGCGGACGCGCGGUGACGCGGGGGGCGUGCGGGCUGCGGCCGCAGUGCCUGGAACCGCCGGGCCGGACCCCCGGGCGGGGCCGGGACUCGGACAGCUGCCGCGUGGACCCUAAGUUACUGUGACGGCAGCUUCUCUGCAUCCUACGCCCGAGGAGGCAGCUAAGGUACAUUCGUUAAAGAGACUUUUCGGACAAACCUUUGUACUGUAGAUACGAGGAAAAGACUGAGCAUGCUCACUUUUUUAUACUGAUUUUUACAGUAUUUGUAAGAAUAAAGGCGUGUUAGACCCACCUUGAUUCCUGCGCUCGCGGCCCUCCGGACUGGCCGGGGAGGGCGCGAGGGCGCGUCUGGCUGGUGUGCGCCCCGGGGCCGGGUUCCUGGAAGGACCGUCGCUUUGCUUCUCCAACAGGCCAAACCCCACCUGCGGACGUGCCGGUUAACUUGCCGAGCGAGACCCGCUCGGGUGGAAGGCGCCCCGGGAACGUGUCGGAAACCGGCCGGAGCGGGUCCCACCUCGAGUCGGGGGCAAGGAGAGGAGGGCUCAGGUUAUCCGAAAACCAGUCCCACUCAUUCUGGCUUUCAUGGGAUUUGCUUUCGCUUUCCUCAGUCCUGUAGACAGCUUCAAGUAGAUUUUCAAAGUGCAUAAAGUACAGAAGUCAUAUAGGAGAUGGAAAGGACGGUCACAAAGCUACUUAAAAUCGCCUACCUUCCCGGUACUGGUAAUGCUUCAAAGCUGAAUCUGGACGAAUAAAUAAAGCCGUUGCCUUUCCCCCAUGAGAGUGGGUACUAGGCAGCCUC